CUGGGUCUCUCUCUUCUUGUAACCGUAAGAUGGCGUUGUACAACGCAAUGUACAAAUGUCGAUUAAAUAUUUCGCUUUUCUCUCUCGUUUUUCAAAUGACUCGAUCGGAAUAGAGAGAGAGAGAGAGAGAGAGAGAGAGAGGAAAGAAAGACAGGCUGAGAGAGAAGACAGAGAGGAAAGAAAGACAGGCUGAGAGAGAAGACAGAGAGAGACAAUCGGAGUUUCUCAAGUAAAUAUUAACGACAUAAGUAACACACAUGAAACUAUAUCUCUCUAUGAGUUCAUUAGAUUUCGUGGAUUUUGGUUCUAGAGACAUAAUUUCUGUUCCAUGAAAGACAGAACACAUUUUGGUAAAACUUAGGUCAACUGGCCGCAGUUUUAUUGCCUAUAAAUACUGGAUUAAUUUUUAUUAUAUAUUGAUUGCUCAAUCUUUUAAUAUCUGAAUCGUCAAUUUUUCGCGGAAAGGUGAUUAACAAACACAAACAUGGGUCAAGCAGUCAGCAGACAAGAGAAAUUUUGGGAAUCAUGUGGUUACGGUCGUAUUUCAGAAGUAAGGAAAUUCUUGGAGGAAGGUUCUGUUGAUGUAAACUGGGUGUCAUAUACGCAUGACUGCUGUCCUAUCCAUGUGGCGUCUCAAGGGAAAAUAGAAAUUGUGAACAUGUUGCUGGAAGCUGGUAGCAAAGUUAAUGUAAAAGACAAUCGUGGCAAUCUUCCGUUACAUCAUGCUGCCAUGAAAGGUCACACUGAAAUUAUCGAUAUUUUGAUGGAAAAUGGUUCAGAAAUAAACGUCCAAGAUAAGGUUUGUAAUUAUCCUAGAAUUGAUGAAAGGUCUGCUUUACACGAGACUUGUCGGAGUCCUGAAGAUGACGAAAGUAAGCUUGGCAAAAUUGCCAACCUCUUUAUCGCAAAAGGCUCUGAUGUUAAUGCGAAGAGCAGCGAUGAAGGGGAGGCUGAUUUUACUCCUUUGAUGUUUGCUGCUUACCAUGGACAUCCAUGCGUUGCUCAAGCCUUGAUUAAUGCCGAAUGUGAUAUCCAUGCCUUUGGGACUAAUGGCUGGACUGCUUUACACUGGGCAACCGAUCGAGACCAAAAGGAAGUUGUAUAUUUGUUGUUAGAAGCCGGAUGUGAUCCUACUGUUAAAGGAGAAAGAGGAGAGCUGGCUAGUGAACGUACUAAAGACAAAGAAUUGAAAAAUGCUCUUCGGAAUGCAGAAAAAAUGUUUAAAGAACUGAGUAUUUUAGAUGAAGCUGAUAAAGCAUUGCAAAAAAGCCAAAAUGCUAACGGAUCUGCUGCAGUUCCGAUUGGAAACUCUCACCAAACAGGUGCAAUGAUCUCACCUACUGAAUCCGAUAAAGUUUUACUCUCUGUGAGUUCCGUUAGCUCCAGAUCUGCUCCGUUGGUCGAGGAAGAACAGACUGGAGUAAGUGAUAACGAAGAAGACUACAUAAACUGUUCAAAAAAAGAAGAAAUUUUCAACAACUGUCAAAUUAACGACAUCAAACAUGGUGAUUACGAAAAAAACAGUGAAAGCAAUGCAACUGACUUAAUGAACGACAAAAUGUCUCUGAACGAAGGUGAAAUAAGAUAAAAAUAAAAAUACUAAUGAAAAAAAAAAAAUUAUUAAAAAACAAAAAAAAGCUGUGCAAUGGAACCUUCUCACAACACUAAGUUAUAAUAUACACAAGAAAAGUGUGUAUAUAGAUAUAAAUUUGCCACAUUCUUUUAACAAUAAGAAUGUUUGAAUUUAAAAACAUUACCACUCAUUCCCCGCUGAGAGGGGGAAUGAGUGGUAAUGUUUUUAAAUUCAAACAUUUUAUCUUUUCAAGUAUGGCAUGGCUUUCUGAGCUGUUGACCACAUAAUUUCUUUUUUUUUUGUAACACAUGAUGUUGACAGUUUGAAAAUUCAUUCCAUCAGUGUUAAUAAAAUAAUUAAUCAUCUAACAUUAA